AUGGAUAAAUUCCGCACGCUGUUCCAGCACUUCCAGUCCAGCUCCGAGUCGGUGAUGAACGGCAUCUGCCUGCUGCUGGCCAUGGUCACCGUCAAGCUGUACUCCUCGUUUGACUUCAACUGCCCCUGCCUGGCGCGCUACAAUGCCCUCUACGGACUGGGCCUGCUGUUCACGCCCCCGAUCGCCCUGUUCCUCUGCGGCCUCCUGGCCAACCGGCAGUCCGUGGUGAUGGUGGAAGAGUGGCGCCGGCCUGCCGGGCACCGGAGGAAGGACCCGGGCAUCAUCAGGUACAUGUGCUCCUCUGUACUACAGAGAGCGCUGGCCGCCCCCCUCGUCUGGAUCCUGCUGGCCCUCCUCGACGGGAAGUGCUUCGUGUGCGCGUUCAGCAGCUCCGUGGACCCCGAGAAGUUUCUAGACUUUGCCAACAUGACCCCUAGUCAGGUGCAGCUCUUUCUGGCCAAGGUGCCCUGCAAGGAGGACGAGCUGGUCAGGAACAGCCCCGCUCGGAAGGCGGUGUCUCGCUACCUGCGGUGCCUGUCACAGGCCAUUGGCUGGAGUCUCACCCUGCUGCUGAUCCUCCUGGCCUUCCUGGCCCGCUGCCUGAGGCCCUGCUUCGACCAGACAAUUCUCCUGCAGCGCAGAUACUGGAGCAACUACGUGGACCUGGAGCAGAAGCUCUUCGACGAGACGUGCUGUGAGCACGCGCGGGACUUUGCGCACCGCUGCGUGCUACACUUCUUCGCCAGCAUGCAGAGCGAGAUGCGGGCGCGGGGACUGCGCCGGGACUCUGCAUGUAGGGGUCCGGAGACCCCUGAGAAGCCCGAACCCCCAGAAGGCCUGGACGGUGGAAGUGGGAAGGCCCACCUGCGCGCAGUCUCCAGUCAGGAGCAGGUGGACCACCUCCUAAGCACCUGGUACUCCAGCAAACCACCUCUUGACCUCACAGCAUCCUCUGGGCUCUGGGGGGGCGGCCUCAGCCACCGCGCCCCCACAGUGGUCCCGGGCACCAGGGCGUCCCCACACACCGAUGUGUAA